ACUAGUGUAUAGUAUACCAACCUUCUCUUGCAACUUAGCUUUUAGCCAUGGCGGAAAUAGUACAUGAUUUUUUCCCAUUGAUGAGAGUUUACAAAGAUGGUCGAAUCGAGAGGCUGGCGGGCGAAGUUUUUGUCCCACCUGAAUCUGAUCCUGAAACCGGAGUACAAAUCAAAGACGUUGAAAUUGAUCCACAAAUUAACCUAUCAGCAAGACUUUACCUGCCCAAAAAUGUCGACCCGGUUCAGAAAAUUCCCCUUUUCGUCUACUUUCACGGCGGCGGCUUUGUAAUCGAAUCUGCUUUUUCACCUACAUAUCACAAAUAUCUUAGCCUGGUAGCAGCUGAAGCAAAAGUCGCCAUCGUCUCUGUUAACUACAGGUUAGCUCCUGAGUACCCGUUACCUAUAGCUCAUGAAGAUUCAUGGCUAGCUCUCAAAUGGGUCACUUCACAUGCCAAUGGUGAUGGUCGUGAACCAUGGCUGAAAGACAAUGCCGAUUUCAAUCGUGUCUAUUUGGGCGGAGAUAGCGCGGGUGGUAACAUCGCACACCAUAUAGCAAUUCGGUUAGGGUUGGAAAAGUUGGAUGGUGUGAAAAUUGAUGGGAUUUUCCUUGCCUGUCCAUUUUUCUGGGGGAAGGAUCCUAUUGACGGUGAGGGAGAAAACUUGCUUGCCAAGGAUUUCGUUGAGGAUCUAGUGUUGAGUGGGAAUCCCAAUAGCACCGGGUUAGAUAAGGAUCCGAUUGACGGUGAGGGAGAAAACUUAGGUGCCAAGGAUCUCUUUGAGAAGCUAUGGUUGUUUGUGAAUCCCAAUAGCUCGGGAUUAGAUGACCCGUUGAUUAACCCGGAAAAGGAUCCGAAAUUGUCUGGCUUAGGGUGUGAGAAAGUACUUGUGUACGUCGCCGGAAAAGAUCCGUUGAGAUUCAGGGGAUUGUACUAUAAGGAGGCAUUGGAGAAGAGCGGGUGGCCGGGAACGGUGGAGGUUGUGGAGGUUAAAGAUAAGGCACAUGUGUUUCACCUGUUUGUUCCAGAAGCUGAAGAAGCCAUGGCCAUGCUGAAAAAAUUGGCCUCUUUCCUUAAUCAGUCUUAG